CUGAGUAACUGAUAUCCAUGUUAUGGAUCAGACCCAUAGGACUCGCAUGUACAGAGGAGUGAGGCGCAGAAGAUGGGGAAAAUGGGUGUCUGAGAUAAGAGAGCCUGGGAAGAAGAAAAGGAUAUGGUUGGGAUCAUAUGCUAUGCCUGAGAUGGCGGCUCGGGCAUAUGAUGUGGCGGCUGUGAGUUUGAAGGGCAAAUCUGCAUUACCCAAUUUCCCUCAUUUGAUUAACUCCCUCCCUCGCCCUGCCUCUCUUCAUUAUCGGGACAUUCAGUUGGCUGCUGCAGAGGCCGCUUUCUCCUUCAAGGACUCCUCCAAUUCAACCGCCACCAUAGAAAAUGGUGAUGGUAAUAGCAAGGACUCUUCCAAUUCAGGUAAUAGAGAUGAAGAGGACAACCGCAGUAGUUUUACCAAUGGUGAUGAUUUUGGCGAAGCAGUCAGCAACUUGAGUAACUAUUUUGAUGAAGGGCUGUGUCAAUUUGAUUCGCCAAAUCUAGUAAUUAGUAUGGCUGAAGCUCCUUUACUGAGCCCUCCACGCUUUGAUGAAGUCUCUGGUUAUGUAGAUGGGGAUUCCUACAUGGAACUUGAGACCUUGGGAUUUCUUUGGAGGGGCUUCUGAUAUGAUUGCAGAAAUAGAAAAGAA